UGAAGAAGCAAGUGUGGUAGAGGAGGUUUGUCUUGGCGGGAAGGCGAACGGGAUCACUCAAGCCGGGCGGCUGAGAGGAGUAGAGGAGGCGGCGACGACGGCUGCGGCGGCAAAGUAGCUGGUGUAGCAGCAAUUUAGGAUAGUUAUCCUAGCCCGAAAGCCGAGAUGCAUCGUGAUUCAUGUCCACUGGACUGCAAGGUAUAUGUAGGUAACCUUGGGAACAAUGGCAACAAGACUGAAUUGGAACGUGCUUUUGGCUACUAUGGACCACUGCGCAGUGUGUGGGUUGCUCGGAAUCCCCCUGGUUUUGCCUUCGUUGAAUUCGAAGACCCACGUGAUGCUGCUGAUGCAGUUCGAGAGCUAGAUGGGAGAACUCUUUGUGGAUGCCGUGUCAGGGUGGAAUUGUCCAAUGGUGAAAAGCGUAGUCGGAACCGUGGACCACCUCCUUCAUGGGGUAGACGUCCUCGAGAUGAUUACCGUAGAAGAAGUCCUCCACCUCGCCGCAGAUCUCCACGAAGGAGAAGUUUCUCUCGUAGCCGCAGCAGAUCCCUUUCUAGAGAUAGAAGGAGAGAGAGAUCACUGUCAAGGGAAAGGAAUCAUAAGCCUUCUCGUUCAUUUUCCAGAUCUCGUAGCCGCUCCAGGUCAAAUGACAGAAAAUAGAACUUGAGGAAGAGCAGUGUACAGGAAGUCACAUUAGAUCUGAGGAAAGGAGUAUGUACAGAACAUUGUUUUCUUUAAGACUUCAUAAGCUUGGUGCAUUUUUAAAAUGUUUUAGCUGUCAAAUUUUGUUUGUUCUUGUCUCUUGUAACAGGUGACAAAUGUAACAGUUGUUGAAUCUGUAUAUGGUUCUGAGCAGAUCAUAUGAAGUGUAAUAAACGUCACAGUGUACCCUUAAGCAUAUCUUGAACUUAUAUGAAUGUUAACUAAUACCUUGCAUAACUUUACCAAAAUAAAUUUGAAAAGCCAUGCAGUGGCAAAUGCUUCUAGUCUAAAUUUUAUAAUACAAAUGGACUAUUAAAUCAUGAACAUUUGUUACAAUCACAUAUUGGCAAUCCAUUCAGGGAUGACUCUUGAAACUUGGUCAGAAUAAUGAUCAGAAUAAAAACAAUGGCCAGGAAAGGGAAUGUGAAAACCUUGUAGCUAGAUUUUUUAAAAACUGUUUGCAAGUUCUAAUUUGUACCAUCUCAAAGUUAGAACUACUUUCUGUUAUGUAAAGUACCGAUUUAAUUUUGUAUUUUUGAGAAUAGAGCAUUACAUAGAUAAUGAGCUGCCAGAUACUGAAGCAAAUGAUUUGUAUGCAUAAGGGUACAUUGUAGGUGAUAACACUUUCUUAUUGUGCAGAAGUUGUCAUGUCACUGUAAACUCUUUGGAGAUCUUGGGAUUAAAGUUUUGGUUACAAAUCGUUGCAAGUAUUUAACUUUUGUAUCUUGAUGUACGUUCAAGUAAAAUAUGUCCAAGGGGACACAUACAGUUUAGUUUGAACUGUUACUUUUGUGGAGCCAUAUUCAAAUUUCACUGUGCUUAAUGCUUGGAUAAUUGACUGUUCAAAGAGAAUGUUCAUACAUAAGCAACUACUCCCACAAAGUCCUUUGUUAAAAUACAUCUUGCUCUGAUGGUGGUUGCCUUGAUCAUGAGCCUACAUUAUGAAUAAGAUGACUACAACAUGACAUUCAAACUAGUUACAGUAACAUAUGGCUUAGCAUGCUGCACUCAGAUGCAUUGGAGUAAUGAAGCACUCAAACUAACCACUUGAGCUUGCUGUUAAGGGAUUCAGAAUUAUGCAUUAAGCUUAGCUUUGUCAUAUCCACAAAGCUAAAACUGCCUUGCUUUAAAGUGAAGUGUUGCAUGCAAUGUUUAUCUGCAAUAGAAACUGCUUAUGACAGAUGUGAUUAGAACACCAGUAUGUACAUUGAUCUUGUAUGCUAGAAAGUGAUUGCUCCUGCAUUUAGAUUAAAUCCAUACCAUUUAAAAAUACCUUGUUGAUUUUCUUAUCAAGCAUUGAAAAGGGAACACUGUUGUAGCUUAUAGUGUAGCAAAAUUACCAUCCACAGGGGGCUUACUACCCUUAAAGCUGUGGAUAACAAACAUCACUGAAAAGCAAGCACAGGAUGCUUGUGUCUUUCAUUUGAGGAAAUUAGAAUUUUACAAAAACUGAGCUCCAGAAAUCUGACAGCCCAGGAUUCUUGACCAAGUCAGUAAGGACUUCGCUGAUUUUGAUCU